AUGCGCGCGCACCCGGGGGGAGGCCGCUGCUGCCCGGAGCAGGAGGAGGGGGAGAGCGCGGCGGGCGGCAGCGGCGCCGGCGGCGACUCCGCCAUAGAGCAGGGGGGCCAGGGCAGCGCGCUCGCUCCGUCCCCGGUGAGCGGCGUGCGCAGGGAAGGCGGGCCGGGGGCCCGGGGACCCCGGGCCACGGAGAGCGGGAAGAGGAUGGACUGCCCGGCCCUCCCCCCCGGAUGGAAGAAGGAGGAAGUGAUCCGAAAAUCUGGGCUCAGUGCCGGCAAGAGCGAUGUCUACUACUUCAGUCCAAGUGGUAAGAAGUUCAGAAGCAAACCUCAGUUGGCAAGGUACCUGGGAAAUACUGUUGAUCUCAGCAGUUUCGACUUCAGAACUGGAAAGAUGAUGCCCAGUAAAUUACAGAAGAACAAGCAGAGACUCCGGAAUGAUCCUCUCAAUCAAAAUAAGGGUAAACCAGACUUGAAUACAACAUUGCCAAUUAGACAAACAGCAUCAAUUUUCAAACAACCUGUCACCAAAGUCACGAAUCAUCCUAGUAAUAAAGUGAAAUCAGACCCACAACGAAUGAAUGAACAGCCACGCCAGCUUUUCUGGGAGAAGAGGCUACAAGGACUUAGUGCAUCAGAUGUAACAGAACAAAUUAUAAAAACCAUGGAACUACCUAAAGGUCUUCAAGGAGUUGGUCCGGGUAGUAACGAUGAGACCCUUUUAUCUGCUGUUGCCAGUGCUUUGCACACAAGUUCUGCACCAAUUACAGGGCAAGUCUCUGCUGCUGUGGAAAAGAACCCCGCUGUUUGGCUCAACACAUCUCAACCCCUCUGCAAAGCUUUCAUUGUCACCGACGAAGAUAUUAGGAAACAGGAAGAGCGAGUACAACAAGUACGUAAGAAAUUGGAAGAAGCACUGAUGGCAGAUGGCUUGUCACGAGCUGCUGAUACAGAAGCGAUGGAUCUGGAAAUGGACAGUGGAGAUGAAGCAUAA